AUGGCGUUCUCUGAGAAGACCCUCCCGUCCUUCGUUGACGUUCAGGUCACCAAACUGCCCAUGACUCCUCCAGAGUAUGAGCAUCUCGGCAUCCAUCGUAACGGCGGUGCUCAACCUUGGGGGGCAGCUCAUGCGUUGGCUUCUUUGAAAGGAAAGAUGUCCAAGAAGCCUGAAGUCAACAUCGCCAUCAACGGCCACUUCAACUCAAAGGUCUAUACCACCAACUCUGAAAUCUCCGGAGAGGUUGUCAUCACACCUACCAGGACCAUCCGAUUCGAGCAUGUCGAUAUCUCCCUUGACGGAUCGAGCCAGACACGCAGGGAUGGACCAGACAUGACACACAUCACAACCCAUCGAUUCCUUCGACUCGAGAUGCCCAUCGACGACUCCGAAUAUCCUACAUCUCGUGUCCUCGAGGCUGGAAACACUUACAAAUUCCCAUUCAUCUUCAAUGUGCCAGCUCACCUCACCACAAAGGCGUGCAGCCACAGGACCGUUUCGGAUGAUGUUUGGGAGAAGCACAUGUCACUCCCCCCUACGCUCCGCGGCUGGGAGAAGGACGACAUGGCUCCUGACAUGGCGCAAAUCAGCUACAGUGUGAAGGCAUAUGUUCUCACCCGAGCUAAGCACGAUCUCGACAUUGCUCUCGGCAACUCCCAUGCCAUCAACGUCAUGCCGUCAUCUUUCGAGGAGCCUCCUCUGAAUGUCACCGAGAGGGAUGAUCUUUACAAGAUGGAGAAGUCCAAGAAGGUGCGAAAGAAUAUCUUUUCUGCCUCGCAAGGCCGGAUCUCUGCUGUAGCAGCACAGCCAUCAGCCAUCCACUUGAGCAAGGAAGGUUACGAGGCUAGCGGAUCGUCUGUCCCCAUCAGCUUCACCUUUGAGCCAUCCUCCGCCGAUGUGGUUCCCCCUCAGAUCACUUCUGCCUCCGUCAAGAUCCAAGCACACACCUGGUUCCGCGAUCAGCCAAUGCUGAACCUACCAACAAUGGGCUCCCAAGUAGCCAACUUUGGAUAUCCAUGCUCGGUGGCACUUCCCAAAGUCCAGCCUGAAGUCAAGUGGACGCAAAACGUGGAUAUGCGCAACAAGACCUCUCCUGUUUUCCACACUGCCACGGUUGAGAUUCCGUUCGAGCUGCCUACUUCGGAUAAGAUGUUUGUUCCAACAUUUCACUCUUGCAUUAUCUCGCGGGCAUACACCAUCAAGCUGGUUCUUGAGGGCGAUGUCAAGAUUGAUUUGAUGGUUCCAGUUCAAGUGGUGAUGGGUUCCCCUGAUGUUUGA